CUAUCCAUAGUCUAUCUAUCAGUCUAUCUAUCGAUCGAUCGAUUUAUCUUUGAUUAUUGAGAUUUAUGAUACAGUAUUUCCCCCUAUCAUUUCAGUACGAUGCUGCCUUUCUCCCUUCUGCUCUUGGCACUCCCUUUAGUAAGAGCGGAUCUGUAUUAUAAUGGCACGCUGGAUUCUGAAUGGGAGAUUUGGAAGACGACUUACCACAAACACUAUGAUAAUAAGAUACAUGAACUUAUGAGACGCCUCAUCUGGGAGAAAAAUCUCAAUAUAAUCAGGUCCCAUAAUCUAGAGUUCACUCAGGGGCUGCACACCUAUGAACUGGGCAUGAAUAAAUUCGGAGAUAUGACCAGUGAGGAGGUUGUGAGGAUGAUGACGGGCUUGAAGGUCCAUACAGGAAUGGGGCCCACAAACCUCACAUCAGAUGAGGACGAGGCAUCUCAGCGUAUACCUAAUUCUAUCGAUUACAGAAAAAAAGGUUAUGUCACCCCAAUCAGAGACCAGGGUGAGUGCGGCUCCUGCUGGGCUUUCAGCACAGUUGGGGCUUUAGAAGGACAGUUGAUGAAGAAAACAGGAAAACUGGUGGGAAUCAGCCCUCAAAACCUAGUUGAUUGUGUCAAAGACAAUUUUGGAUGUGGAGGAGGCUACAUGACCACCGCUUUUAAAUAUGUUAAGAAAAACAAGGGGAUAGACUCAGAGGAAGCUUAUCCAUAUGUUGGAAUGGAUCAGAAAUGUAAAUACAACGUGUCUGGAAGAGCAGCCGAGAUUAAAGGCUUCAAAGAAGUCAAGAAGGGCAGCGAAACAGCACUGAAGAAAGCCGUGGGCCUGGUCGGGCCAAUCUCUGUGGGCAUUGAUGCCGGCCUUGAUACGUUUUUCUUAUACAAAAAAGGUAUUUACUAUGACAAGAGUUGUGAUGGGGAUUCUAUUAACCAUGCUGUUCUGGCUGUGGGGUAUGGCAAGCAAAAGAAGGGAAAAUAUUGGAUUAUUAAGAACAGUUGGGGAGAAGACUGGGGCAAUAAAGGCUACAUUCUAAUGGCCCGAGAGAAGGGAAAUGCUUGUGGCAUUGCAAAUUUGGCCAGUUACCCUGUUAUGUGAUUGCUGUCUGGCAGCCCCAUGAGGAGGACUUUCUCCAAUAUAUUGACGUGAGCACCAAGACCGGUCUUUUUAAUCUCUCUACCUGGGCAGCAUCUAAGCAUUAUGUACUUGUUGAUUGAAUAUUUUUGAGGAAGCUUCUGAAAAUUCCCUGAGAAAUGUUUUGUUUUUGUCUUAUCACUAAUUAAUAUUUAACCCACAUCCACAGCAAUAAGGAUACGAGGCUCCUCUUACUUCCUAUUCUUCCAAUGACUAAUCCACCUGCCUAGCUGAUCUAGUUAGGACAGCCCAUCUGUAAUCUGGCUCGCAGGAUGGUCACUCAAAACUGCAGACUGAUAGGUCAGAUAACCUUUGAGGUUUUGGUGUUUACCCUAAAGGUCCCCAUACACUGGCAGAUCCGCUCGUUUGGCGAAGUUGCCAAGCGAACUGAUCUUAUCCCGGUAUCC